CACCACCACCGUCGUCUGCCGCGCAUCAUGGAUCUCUCAGGCCUGCUGGCUCUGCUCAACCUCUCGCUGGACCUGGCGUGUCUUGGCGGCGCCACGUACGCCGCCAUCGCCGGCACCACCAAGCCGCACCUGCCCGCCAAGGAGAAGGUGGAGGAUGCACCCUCCUCCUCCGGCAAGAGCAGCGCCAAGCCCAACGACUUCAUCUCCUCGCUCGGCCUCACAAAGAUCGAGCGCCUCGUGCACGUCUUUCUCGCCCUUGCAGCGCUCUGGCACGUCCGCGCCCUCACCUUCCAUGCCGUGCCGCUGCACGCAUGGAUCGCAUCGGGCGACAGAGGCCGCUUCCGCCUCGCCUGCAUGCUGGCGAUGAUUGGCGGCGCGGGGAGGAUCUGGACGUACAAGGAGCUGGGACACUACUUUACCUUUGAUCUGCAGGUGCAGAAGGGACAGAAGAUCAUCGACACCGGUCCGUACGCCUACGUCCGGCACCCGUCCUACACCGCCAUUCUCGUCUGCAUGAGCGGCAUCUCUCUCGCAAUUGGUCCUUACGGGCCUGGCGUUCCUCAAUUCUUCCGCCUGCCGCUCAUGGGCGUCGUGGGCGCCGCGGUGGUCGGCACUGUCCUGCUCAUUCGCAAGCGAUGCGAUGAUGAGGAGAGGAUGUUCUUGCUGGACGAGGCGACGGGCAAGCCGUAUUUCGAGUACAUGAAGAAAGUGGGACAGCGGCUUUGGCCCAACGUCUACUGAGCAAAAGCGAGAUGUGGCAAUCGAUGUGUCGCGAGCCACUUUGCUUGGAGCUUGACUGGUCUUGAGUUGGUUCGCGAAAGAAGCCUGCUCAUCGCUUCGUGCGAGAGACG